UAUGGUUGUCUCUUGGCCUUUGGGGUUAGGUUAGGUUCAAGCAUAAGCACAGUCCGUGGUUUUUUAACUGAAAAGAAAGUAUAAUGAAAUUAUUCAGAACCUUUUUUCAGUCAGAUUUAAGAUACUUCUCCACUAAAAAACUCCUACUUGAUGUAGAUGUAAAUAAAAUUAGAAAUAUAGGAAUUUUAGCACAUAUAGAUGCAGGCAAGACGACAACCACAGAGAGGAUGCUUUUCUAUAGCGGUACCAUAAAUCAGAUGGGUGAAGUACAUCAUGGAAAUACAGUAACAGAUUAUAUGACUCAGGAAAGGGAAAGAGGAAUAACCAUUACUUCAGCUGCUGUUACGUUUUUUUGGAGAAGUCAUCAAUUUAAUCUGAUAGACACACCUGGACACAUUGAUUUUACCAUGGAAGUUGAGCAGUCAUUGAAUGUGUUAGAUGGGGCUGUCUUCAUUCUAGAUGCUUCAGCUGGAGUUGAAGCACAAACACUGACAGUUUGGAGACAAGCUGAUAGAUAUAACCUGCCUCGAUUUAUAUUUUUGAAUAAAAUGGAUAGGACAGAUGCAAGCGUAGAACAUUGUUUCCAUUCUAUUCAACAGAAACUAUCUGUAACACCUUUAUGCCUUCAGAUUCCGAUUAAAAAGGGUGGAAAAUUAUCAGGAUUAAUUGAUAUAUUGACAAUGGAAAAAUUAACAUUUUCGAAUAUGAAGCUUGCCAAAAUUGCCCUUACUGAAAGAGAAGAUUGUGAGUUAUGGAGUGAAACGAUGUUAUUACGAUCAAACUUGGUCGAUAAAAUAUCUGAAUAUAAUGAAACAUUAGCUGAAAAAAUAAUAAAAGAAGAAAGUAUGGAUAAUAUUAAAACAAUGGAUAUUGUUGGAGCUAUCAGAGAAGAAACUCUUAAUCAGAAUAUAAUUCCUGUUGUAAUGGGUAGCGCAUACAAAAAUAUAGGAAUUCAAGCUCUUAUGGAUGCAGUUGUUUUAUAUUUACCAGGACCUGGAAAACGCAGUGAAUACUAUAAUUGUUUUGAAGACAAUUUAUGUGCUAAAGCAUUCAAAAUCACACAUAAUAAACAAAAAGGAACUUUAGUAUUUGUUAAAGUCCACAACGGAGAAAUAAAUAAAGGACAAAAAAUAUACAGCACAACACAAAAUAAAAAUGAACUAGUUGGUCGUCUUUACACAGCAUUUGCUGAUGAUUUUCACGAGGUCGAGAAAAUUAAAAGUGGAAACAUUGGAGUAAUAUCUGGCUUGAAGCAUACUAAAAUGGGAGAUUUUCUGUCGAAUUCCGCAUCAGCUGUGCAAAAAGCGAAAGAAAAAUUUUUGAAGACGAAAAAAUCAGUGCUGGAUGAUGCAGUAGAAGAUUUGUUCGAAAAUAAAGUGAGAAUACCAGAACCAGUAUUUUUUUGUGCGAUAGAACCAGAAAGUGCAGCAUAUCAAACAGCUCUUGACAAUGCUUUAAUGGAAAUGCAGCGGCAAGAUCCAAGUCUUAGAGUUACUCAAAACUGCGAAACAGGACAAACUGUUUUAGGAGGUAUGGGGGAACUACAUUUAGAUAUCAUAAAAGACCGAAUUCUCAAGGAGUACAAAGUGAAAGCAAAGUUAGGUGAAUUGCAAAUAAAUUAUCACGAAACAUUGAAGGAGAAAACUACUGAUACCCUGGAAUUCUGUACUACAAUUGGUGGUUUAGUCCAAAAAUUCACUAUUCGUUUGUCAAUUUUUCCAACUGGUGAAGAAGAAAAAAAAGAAAUUUUGGUAUUUGAUAGAACCCAAGAUGCUGCGAAAAAUAUUUCUGCAAUAUACCAUAAACAUCUCUCAGCAAUAAGAAAUGGUGUUGAAGCUGCCCUAGCGAAUGGACCUAGAAUAAGCUGCAAGGUAUCAAAUGUGCAGGUUAUGCUGCAUUUUUUUGCUGUGGAAAAGGGAACCUCAGAAUCUGUUAUUACGGCAGGAACAACUCAGUUAAUACAAAAGAUGCUGCAACAACAAGGCACUGAUAUACUCGAACCUGUCAUGAAUAUAGAAAUUGUAAUUCCAAGCGAUUAUUUAUCACCACUUUUAGCGGAUCUGUCUAGAAGAAGAUCAACCGUUGAGGAAAUUUCUAUGAGGGAAAAUGUUAAGGUGGUUAGAGCCAACACUCCAUUAUCUGAACUACAAGGUUAUGCGACAAUUAUCAGAACCCUUUCUUCAGGAACAGCAACUUUUUCAAUGGAGUUCUAUAAAUAUAGGAAAAUGUCACCAAUAGACGAAGAAAUAGCUAUCAGAAGUGUUAGAGGAUUUUAAUAUUUUUCGAUUAAUUACACAAAUAUAUGAAUUAGAAUUG